AUUAAUUUGAUUUAAUAAUAACAAAACAGCAUCAUCGUCCUGAAUCCUUAUCCAAAACCCACCUAUUACUUUCCAACAUCCCUCGGUUUCAGCUACAUCAAGCAAGUGAUUAUUUCUUGCCUCAGCUUUUGCUUGCCACUCUUUUCUUUUCAUUUUUAAUUUAACACCAAUUUCUCUCUUCCAUCUUCUUCUUCUUCUUCCUUGUUUUCCCUCCCAAGUCCAAUCCCCUCGAAUCGUUUUUCAUUCAUUUGGUCAUCAUCUGUUAGAGAUUCGAGAGAGGAUUGUUGUUUUUUCGUUUCUUACUUUUUAUCCAUUCUCCUACUUUUUCUUGCUUUACUGAUUUUUCUUUGUCACUGUUCAUUUUCAUUUAUAUGAUCAGCUCAUGGCUUCACUGAAUUCAGUAGUUGUAGUAUUUUUGGAUUCACUUAAGAUGCCUUUUGUAAUUGGACCAGUAGUUGUUUCCAAUCUGCUGUUGUUUUCGCUUCCUGGUUUUGUUUUAGGACUUGUUCUUGGAUGGUCCUGGAAACCCAAAUUCCCAAUUCUCUAUUCUUCUUCUUUUGAUACUACUAACUCAAAAGAUUCCAAUCAUACUUAUUUACUGAUUUCCCAUCUAAUUUCAAGUUUGGCAAGUAUACUCUAUAAACGCUUUGUCCUUCCAUUCCAUUCUUUCAUUUCUUGGAUCUCCACUGUAGCAGCAGAUACCUACUCCAAUGAUGAUCCACUAGUGUCUCCUAUACACUCUGCUGAUGAAUAUUGCAGUAGUAAUUCCCCGGAGCCUGGAAAAUCAAUUGCUGUCACCAGUGAAGAUGUAGAACAUUUAUGCCGACUUGUGGAGGGAAGAGAUGGAGGUCGGGCGUGGACCCAAAUAUUGGACCGGCAAACUCCAACUAUGCUCUACCAAGCUUGGCAUCGAGAUCCCGAGAUUGGCCCUCCACAAUAUCGUAGUAGGAGUGUCUACGAGGAUGUCACUCCUGAGUUGGUGAGGGACUUCUUCUGGGAUGAUGAUUUCAGGUCCAAUUGGGAUGACAUGCUCAUACUUGCUGAGACGUUGGAGGAAUGCCCAAUCACAGGAACUAUGCUAGUUCACUGGACACGCAAGUUUCCCUUCUUCUGCAGUGACAGGGAAUACAUCAUAGGGCGUCGAAUAUGGGAAGCAGGAAGAUCAUAUUAUUGUGUCACUAAGGGCGUACCAUGCUCGUCAGUGCCAAGACGCAACAAACCUAGACGCGUUGACUUGUAUUAUUCAAGUUAUUGCAUACGAGCAGUGGAAUCAAAUAAAGGGGACGGCCAGCUGAGUGCGUGUGAGGUGCUGCUCUUCCAUCAUGAAGACAUGGGCAUUCCUCGUGAGAUUGCAAAAUUUGGCAUCGGGAAAGGUAUGUGGGGAGCUGUGAAGAAGAUUGAGCCUGGGUUACGUGCCUACCAAAAAGCUCGAGCCUCUACCACAACAUCACUGUCUCGGUGCGCUUUUAUGGCUCAGCUGAACACCAAGCUCAGUGCAGACUACCUUAGAUCCUUGGAGGUGGAAGUGAUAAACAGCCAGCGUGACCCCCCAGCAGAGGCGGUUGAAACACAGCAUUCCAAUGAUGAGAAACCAUUAAAGACGCGAUGCAAGAAUAUACCCAAACUCCUAAUUGUUGGUGGAGCAGUUGUUCUCGCGUGCAGUCUUGACAGGGGGCUACUUACCAAGACAGUUGUAUCCGGAGUCGUCACAAGCUUAUUCAAGAUUGGAAGAAGGUUGUGAUCACUCUAGAAUGGUGCGUACCGCUAAUUCAUCACCUACAAGAGUUUAUCAUAUAAGUUAUCAGUUAAAUGAGAAUAUAGAGAAGACGAAGAUGUGCCCAAGCAAAUAGAGCUGUAUGUCGAGAAAAAAAUCUCAAUUGUCCUGUUAUGGGUGUCAUUAAGCAUCUUAUCUUAUUCUUUAGAGCUAGUAAAUGUAACGGCAGAAAAAGACUUUCUUUGUCUACUGCAUCAUCUGUCAGAAAGAGUAUGUUGCUCUGCAGUGUUAAACUGAGGUGUCCCUAAACAACAUAUCGGAAUCAGUCAACAUAUCGGAUAGGGCCAUGCUAUCCCGCACAUAAUUGCAUUUUAAGAUACAGCUGUCAUAAAACAUAUUGCAAACAGAUCCUCA